CUGUUUCGAUCUUAUCGUGCUACAAGUAACGUCCGCGGAGUGUGGUGCUAAGAGUUAUUUCUGAAAUAUUUUAAAACUGAUCAUUGCAAUUAUGGGACUUAAACUACAAUAUUUCAUUGGCAUUUUCUGCCUGAUACAGGCAAUUGUGCAAAUUCUAGUUUGCGCUUUAGGGAUAGUGCAAUACUUUUGUUUGAUGGAUUUUCUUCGCGAAGCUCCCAACUUGGUAUUCAUCAGAAUAUUGUACUUCAACAACCCAGAACGAUGCGGUAAUACAAUAAAUAUAGGCCAAGUAAUCAGUGGAGUCCAGAACCACGCGUACGUGUUGUUCCUUACAGAACCUUUCACGACAAAACGAACUUACAUUAUUAACAUCGUCAGUUUAGGACUCGGGAUUAUUUGGAUGACAACAACAAUCAUACUUUUGGCUGGCACCAAACGCACCCACUAUUCGAGGAGAAUUCGUUGGCCUUUUGUAACCCUAACAAUCUGCAUGUGUGUGUUUGACAUCAUUGCGUCAACAAUAUACGCCAACGACGCCUUCCACACCCGAACGCUAGGUGACAUCCUCAACUACGUUGGCGGCAAAGUGAUUGGUGUCGCGGGCAACACCAUAGAUACUGUCGCCGCCUCGUGGUUGAUGUUUGGGUUGUUUUUCCGUUUUGGUGUAGUACUCCUGAAUAUGUUAUUCGCAUUGGUCAUUGGAAUGGGGUCGAAUAUUGGAGUAAUGUUAAACGCGGUUGCAACGGCAAGAUCUUCCGAAAACAUAAUUAAACCGCCGCUCGCCUUUACAAGUCAAACAAGAACUCUUGACGACAGCCUGAAUGACGAGAACAUGAUGUCCAUUGCAAUGGCAUCAGAUAUGUUUGACGAAACUGGCUCCCCGAGAAUCCCACGAGCACGAUAUAAUACGAUAUUUGGGGAUUUAAAAAAUGUUCUUACUCGCGAACCUCCUACUGACGUGAGAGAGAGAGGGGUCACUUUUAUAGAGACUCAGGAUCAAGGACCAUCGACGGCGAGGAUUUUUCAAAAAAGAAAUGCCACACCACUGCACCCAAAAAAACGACAACGGUCCAGACCGGACAAAAAUAAUUAUUAUGUCCGUUUUAAUGCUGGUAUUGAUGACACUGCGACUAGAGCUCAGCUGCCAUGGGCGACGUAUACCGAUGAGCGAAGGACCACUGCGCCGGUAAAAUAUCAAUUCUCCGCGUACAUAUAAAUGAUAAUGCCGCAUGCCAUCCAGCUACUCGUAUGUCUUCGAAUUAUAGAUAUUAAUUGUAUUGCGCUAUCAAAUUAUUAAUUUAAUUUAUUAAUUGAAUUCUUUAUUUUUUCCUAAUAUUUUUAUUUUAUAUUAUUUUCCAUUUCCAUGCUAUUUAAUUUUUCCAUUUCUCUCUGGUUAUUUAAUGUGUUUAAGUAAUUGUAUAUGGGUGCGCGUGUGUAGUUUGUGUGUAUCUGUGUGCAUGAGUGAGCAUAUGUUCGUAUGUUUGUGUGUGUGUGUGUGCUAGCAUGUGUGUGUGUGUAUGUUGAUAUGUGAUUGUGCUUGUGUACAUAUGUUUGUGUGCAUGUGUAUAUUAUUAAUUCUCUAAUUGCAAUUUUAAGAUAAUUUAAAAUUUAGAUUUUUAAUUGUCUAAUUUAAAUUAUAACUUAUAAUAAAAUGGCAAAUUUAAUUUUCUAAUUUAAAUUUUUAUUAAUGAACACUAACAUUGUUUUAUAAUUAUUAAAUUAAUAAGAAAAUAAAAUAAUCAUAUUUCAUUUUUUAAUUGAUUAUUGUUAUUAAUAAAAUACUAACCUUUGAAACCAGCACGCCAAUGCUUUGGAGACUUGCACGAAAUAACUUUUAACUUCCUAGAAUUUUCAUUAAUUUUAAGCAAGUUAAUAAAUAUAAUAGUAAAAAAUGUAUCGAAAAAUCGAAUGUAUGGGAAAAAUAUUAGCAUGUAUUAUUUUUCACCAAAAAUGAGAUAAUUACAAGUUUCCUACUGACUGACUUUAAAAGCAAGAACUCUUAAUUUAUCUGCAUAUUAUACAUGUGUUUGGCAUAAAUAAAUGUAUACGAUUUCAUUGGUUUUGUACAUGUAGAAAAAUUAAUAUUUGAAAUAUGAAAAAAGAUGUAAAAUAAAAUAAAAAUUUUCAUGCAUUUCAAAAAUUUAUGUCUGAAAUAAAAUUAAGUAUAAAACUAUUUCUAUUAAAAUUAUCCAGACAAAUAUAUACUGAGUGAUCAGAACUUAAUGUAUUAAUGUGUAAACUUACAUUAACUCAUAAUAAUUAGAGUUAAAUAUCAAAAUUUAUUAUUUUAUGUAAGCUUAGCUAGUAGCAGCACCAGGCUUUGUCACAAAAUCUUUUCUCCGCGUAGAGGUCCUCCCUGUCAAAUUACAUCUCUGUGAUUCAUUUCUCUCUGUGAUUACAUCUGUGUGAUCUAAAACCGCUUGUUGUACAAGCGGUUUUAGAUAUUUCGCGAUGAAUGAUUUUAUAUAUAGCUAUCUUUUAUAUAAAUAAAUAAAAACCAGUUCUUUAGUAUAUUGAUAAUUUUAAGUUUUUUUAAUAAUCGAUAUUCCCAAUUUUAUUUAUAAAAUUAUAUUGCAUUUAAUUUUAUUUGUCUUUGUUUUUUCUAUUUGUCUCUGGUUAUUUAAUGUGUUUAAGUAAUUUUUAUAUGAGUGCGCGUGUGUAGUUUGUUUAUAUCUGUGCGCGUGAUUGUGCAUGUGUGCGUAUUUUUAUGCGUGUGUGUGUGUGCAAGCAUGUGUGUGUUUGUAUUGAUAUAUGAUUGUGCAUGUGUGCGUAUGUUUGUGUGCAUGUGUAUUAAUUUUCUAAUUGCAAUUUUAACAUUAUAUAAAAUUUCGAUUUUUAAUUGACUAAUUUCAAUUAUAACAUAAAAUAAAAUGUCAAUUUUAAUUUUCUUAUAUCAAUUUUAACAUAAUUUAUAAUGUCAAUUUUAAUUUUCUAAUUUCAAUUUUUAUUAAUGAACUAUUGUACAUACUCGUAUACACGUAUACUCGUAUGUCUUCGAAUCAUAGAUAUUAAUUGUAUUGCGCUAUCAAAUAAUUAAUUUAAUUUAUUAAUUGAAUUCUUUAAUUUUUCCUAAUAUUUUUAUUUUAUAUUAUUUUCCAUUUCCAUGCUAUUUAAUUUUUCUUUAAUUUUUCCAUUUCUCUCUGGUUAUUUAAUGUGUUUAAGUAAUUUUUAUUUUUAUUUUUGUGUGAGUGCAAGCAUGUGUGUGUUUGUGUUGAUAUGUGAUUGUGCAUGUGUGCGUAUUCAUUUUUUAAUUAAUAUUGUUAUUAAUAAAAUACCAACCUUUGAAACCAGCUCGCCAAUGCUUAGGAGACUUGCACGAAACAAAUUUUAACUUCCUAAAAUUUUUAAUAAUUUUAAGCAAGUUAAUGUAAUAGUAAAAUAUGUAUCGAGAAAUCGAAUUUAAGGGAAAAAUAUUAGCAUGUAUUAUUUUUCACCAAAUAUAAUUAAAAUUUUCAUGCAUUUCAAUAAUUUAUGUCUGAAAUAAAAUUAAGAAUAAAAAACUAUUUCUAUUAAAAUUAUCCAGACAAAUAUAUACUGAGUGAUCAGAACUUAAUUUAUUAGUGUGUAAACUUACAUUAACUCAUAAUAAUUACAGUUAAGUGUCAAAAUAAAGUAAG